AUGUCUGAUAAUUCGUCUCAAAAUUCAGGAAAACAUACGGUUCAUUGGUUUCGUAAAGGAUUAAGACUUCACGAUAAUCCAAGUCUUAGAGAAGGAAUAAAAAAUUCUGUGACAUUUCGUUGCGUUUUUGUUAUAGAUCCAUGGUUUGCUGGGUCAUCAAAUGUAGGAAUUAAUAAAUGGAGGUUUUUACUUCAGUGCCUGGAAGAUUUGGAUAGAAGUUUGAGAAAACUAAAUUCCCGUUUGUUUGUUAUACGAGGACAACCGGCUGAUACACUACCUAAAUUAUUUAAGGAAUGGGGUACGACAAAUUUAACAUUCGAAGAAGAUCCUGAACCUUUUGGACGAGUGAGAGACCUUAACAUAAUGGCGAUGUGUAAAGAACUUGGAAUUAGCGUCGUUUCAAAAUCAUCACACACACUUUAUAAAUUAGAACACAUAAUAGAAAAAAAUGGCGGAAAUCCACCUUUGACUUACCAUCAAUUUCAAACGAUCAUUGCAAAUAUCGGUCCACCACCGGAACCUGAAGAAACGGUGACGGCAAACCUUUUGGAAGGUUCACAAACUCCACUAUCCGAUGAUCAUGAUAAUAAAUAUGGAGUUCCAACACUGGAAGAACUCGGUUUUGAAACGGAUAAAUUAAAACCAACGGUUUGGAGUGGGGGCGAAAGUGAAGCUUUAGCUCGUUUAGAAAGACACCUCGAAAGAAAAGCUUGGGUUGCUAGUUUUGGUCAUCCCAAAAUGACUCCUCAAUCAUUAUUGGCUAGUCAAACUGGAUUGAGUCCGUACCUGAGGUUCGGGUGCCUUUCUACAAGGUUAUUCUAUUAUCAACUCGUCGAAUUGUAUAAAAAGAUAAAAAAGGCGAUGCCUCCUCUUUCCCUACACGGACAAUUACUUUGGAGGGAGUUUUUCUAUUGCGCAGCAACAAAAAAUCCUAAUUUUGAUAAAAUGAAUGAAAAUCCGAUUUGCGUACAAAUCCCAUGGGAUGAAAAUGCUCAGGCACUUGCCAAAUGGGCAAACGGACAGACAGGAUUUCCGUGGAUCGACGCCAUAAUGACGCAGCUUAGAGAAGAAGGUUGGAUUCAUCAUUUGGCACGUCAUGCCGUUGCUUGUUUUUUAACAAGAGGAGAUUUGUGGAUUUCUUGGGAAGAAGGAAUGAAGGUUUUCGACGAACUUUUAUUAGAUGCGGAUUGGUCGGUUAAUGCCGGAAUGUGGAUGUGGUUAUCUUGUUCGUCAUUUUUUCAACAAUUUUUUCAUUGUUAUUGUCCCGUACGAUUUGGUAGAAAAGCAGAUCCAAACGGUGAUUACAUAAGGAAGUACUUACCGAUUUUGAAAAAUUUCCCGACGAAAUACAUUCACGAACCUUGGUUGGCACCUGAAACCGAACAAAGAGCUGCCAAAUGCAUCAUCGGUAAAGAUUUUCCACUACCGAUGGUCAAUCAUUCUAUCGUCAGUAAAAUAAACAUCGAAAGAAUGAAACAAGUUUAUAGACAGUUGAGCAAAUAUCGGAGUCAGGGUACCUGA